AUGGGCAACGACGCUUGGAAAAUGAUUCUGUCGCCCUUGAACCAUUUGAUCGUUCAUGUAGCGCCCUUCCUCGAAGUAACCAAAACCAACCCGGACAUCUUCGCAUACGUUUCUUUCCCGGUCAUUAAGUCUGAGGCGGAGUUUAUGAGAGAGUUCUACGAUAAACACAUACGCGCAUCGCCCGAGGAGUGUCUAUAUGCUGUCAUAGAUAAAGCUCCUGCUUUUGGAGAAGAAAAGCCAAGCGCCAAGUACGCCGGUAUUAUAUCCUUGUCCGCCACGAACCUAGUCAACGCGGUCAUAGAGAUGGGCGCCAUUAUAUUCCCGGCAUUUCAACGCACACACGUGGCGACGAAUGCUAUUGGACUCCUACUACUCUAUACGCUCGACCCACCCUCUGCUGGUGGUCUAGGACUGCGACGUGUUGAAUGGCAAUGCCACGCAGGAAAUGCAGCAUCCCGAAGAGCUGCUUUGCGGAUGGGUUUUGAGUUCGAGGGUAUCGCAAGGUGGCAGCGUGUGUUUCCGCGCGGCACAAUCGCGCUCCCUGUGGAGGCUCUUGAAAAAAGGAACGGUACAAAAGGAGAACUACCGGGGAGACAUACCGCCAUCUUUUCAAUCGUCUGGGACGAGUGGGAUGAAAAGCGGUCAAAAGUUGUUGCACAAAUGGAGCGAAGGCAGUAA